GCUACAGCUGUGACCUUCAGAAUCAUGGUCUUUAUCAUUUCAUAUGUUUGUCUCAUGAGUAUUCUUUAGUAGAUAGCAGAUUUCCCUUGGUACAAAUAAAUAUGUAAAUCUAUAUUUAUGCAUGUAUAUAUAUCCAAAUAUUAUAACUUAAUGACCCGUGAAAAUGGCGAUAUGUAGAUAGACAUGCGAAUAUGACUUUCUCACUGUAGUGCUUUGUAAUAAAAGUAGCUUUAACUUCAAAGUUCGGGAUAAGUAACUGUUAUUAUCAUUACUGAUUUUAGAACACGUCAGUGUCCACGGCGAAGGAAAACUGCAUGGAUCUAAUCACCAUUGAGGUCACCACCUAUGAGAUUGACUCAGUUUGUAGAGUCCUUUGCUUUCCGUCUUUGUUUGUCAUUUUGUACUACUGACUUGUUUGAAGUCACAAAUAUCAUUAAGAGCACAUGGACAUUGGGCAUUCGUCAAAGUUCCUAUAAUCCACAAAUUAAAACUAAUGGAUUACGUUUGUGCCUAGUUCAAGGAAUAAAGCUAAUACGUACCAUUUAUUCUCUAGGAAUCAGUUGACAACUUGUUUUAUGAAUACCGAUUAACUAAAUUCAUUAAUUUUCAGAUCUGGGAAUCACGACGUUUUGACUGAAUGACAAAAAGUUCGGUGUUCGUAAACUAGAUUAAUCCAAUCAGUUAUUGUAAAAAAACGGUUUCCAAGUUUCACUAUUUCCAUUUGAAUAGAACUCAUGUGGACUCCCCCAGUUAGUGAUAAUCCUACACCUUUCAACAUUGAGCGAGAGCUGCUUCCUACAGUGAUUUCAGAACCAUCGUCCAAAACAUCUAGUAUAUCUUCAACUACUAGCACUUUGGACCAUGAUUCUUUAAAGGAGAACUGCCUACAAUAUACUCCACAAAACGUCAGAUACCAGCACUACCCAGUUCCGAAGGUUCGAUGCUUAUCGUUCCCAUACCAAACACUUCCCUCCUGUGGGUCGACAGUGUAUUUGUAUACUUGGUCUCUCCCAAGGAAUGACAUAAUAACUCAGCUAUGUUCACUUGCCACAACAUGUUUUCGAGACACAAACACAACUAUCGGACUUUUGUUUUCUAAACAAAUAUCCAAAAAAGACUACGUUUGUCGAAUUCCUAUCUACCUAACUCGCGGUAUGGCUCGUUCACGUGUUCGAUUAACAGGGAAACUUACACUAAAUAAGAAAGAAUUAGAGUGUGUCGAAUCAGCUCAUCAUGUUAUAGCCGAAUUAAUUACAAAUAUUGCUCAUAUGUCUCAUGUUGGUUAUAAACCAUCAGAUCCUCUUCUCCGUGCUCAUUUCGAUAAACAAAACUCUUCAACGAAUAUCCCCGAAUCUCUCCGCGUCGUACUUUUUGAUCGAUUUGGUGACUUAUCAUUCAAUCCCGAGAAAGCAAAUAUCCUGUCAUUGGUGACGCUGAUUAGACUACCAGAUUAUACUAUCGAUUAUGAAGCACUCAACGCACUUCUAGAGUGGUCUGUUUGCCGAGAUACUGGAAUUUCAACAGCUGAUGAUAAUUUGUCCACGUAUGUUAAACCUGUACAUGGUAUUGUGCCUAAAUGGCGAAUUCGAUUAAGUCAAAUACCUGAAGACAAUUGGGUUGGUUUGGUCGUCAAACCUAAUCACUUACCGGAUAGUGAUCCUGGUAUGUUUUCUAUCUCAAAGGUUAGUUCGGAAACUGCUUCAAGUCCUCUUCCGGAAACCCUUGCUUCCAAACUUGGUGAUGUUCAAAAUGUCAAAGGCGCUUCUUCUCUAACUUAUUCCGACUACUAUAGAAUUAAAUAUCAACAGAUGAGAAACAUAUCUUUCACAAUAAAUCCAUCACUACCAUUGUUUGAAUGUCUGAGAAUAACACGUCAUCAAAAUUCGACUCAAGUUAGUGCGGGUCUAAGGAAAAAUAAAGCAUCUAUCAAACCAUCAGUGUUCCUAUCUGAUGCUUGUUUAGUGCAUCCAUUGUCAUCAUGGAUUUGGUUCCAAGUUUCCUUGAUACCAACAAUUCUCUACCAAAUGUCACGAGCGUUACUAGCCUCACAACUGUUCACAGAGUUGAAUUAUGAACUGAAAAGUCCUCAACCAUUCUCUCAAAUUAAAAUAAAUUCAUUAACUCUAAGCAAUGAUUCACUUUCUCAUACAACCAUACUUGUCCCUGAUCGUUUAAGUGUUCCUGUUUUUUUGAAUGGUGAACCAAUGGAAAAAAAUAUCUUUGAUUUUGAAGUGGAUGAAACAACUUCAGAAAUAGAUAAACAAUUGGAUAAUAAAGCCUAUAGUGAAAGUUUAGAGAAAUCUACAAUUUGCCCUCACCCUAAUAAUCUAAUUGAACCAACUACAUUACUCGGAGCUCGAGAUGCAGUAGAUCUUGAACGUUUAGAAUUUUAUGGCGAUUCAUUCCUGCAUUUUAUAUCUACAUUAUGUGUUUAUGGCACCAAUCCACAAGAUGCUGACGAAGGGUGUUUAAGUUCCAAAAGAGGUUCACUUGUAUCGAAUGCUCAUCUCUGCGAUAUUGCUUGCGACUUGAAAUGGUAUGAAUAUUGUACCGGUCAAACAUUUUCGCCACCAGAACACUUUUUACCCCCAUGCUACUCUGUUGCGUCCGAGGCUAGUAAAUAUGAUCCACGUCUGUAUACUCGUUUAACAGAUAAAUCUUUGGCAGAUAUGAUUGAAGCACUUAUAGGAUGUUUCUUACUACGUUCAGGACUAUCUGCUGCAUUUAAUUUACUUCAUUAUUUUCAAAUAUGUCCAGUUAGUUGGAGCACCCUAAAAAGUGAUAAGCAUUACAAAGUUGAAGCUCCAUGGCACUUUUUUUUACAACCAAAAUUAUAUUCAGAACUAAACUAUGGAAAUGCUUUCAAUCCUUCAUCUAGAUCCUUACAUAUUUCGAAGGAAAUUAUACUGGAAUUAAAUCAGAGGUUUUUUCAGUUACAAGAAAAACUAGGUUAUGGUUUUAAAAAAAUCGAAUUGCUUGCGGAAGCUGUGACUCAUCAGUCAUCAUCUAAUAGACAAUAUUGGGGGAAUUAUCAAAGGUUAGAAUUUCUUGGCGAUUCCAUUUUGGGCCAUAUUAUCAGCAACUAUCUGUUUCAAAAAUGUCCUCACUCAUCCCCAGGCGCAUUGACCACCGCACGAUCUACUGUUGUCAGUAAUAUUAAUUUAGCUAAUGUUGUUGUUGAGCAUGAAAUCCAUCCGUUCAUCGAUUUUGGGAAUUGCAGUCAGAAAGCAUGCAUUGAUGAUAUAAAAAGUAUUCAUCGUCAAACCGAUUCACAUUUUGAACGUAUUGAGUUAAUUACAAAGAAGGUUUCUUCGGGGCUCAAUAUCAAGGUAUUGGCUGAUGUGUUUGAAUCGAUUCUCGGUGCAAUUUUUGUAGACAGUGAUGGUAAUCAUCAAGUCGUUUCUUCUAUUAUUCAUCGAUUCUUGGGUAAAACGAUGAAUUCUCUCAUUACUAAUUUACCUGUUCAAACAGUUCAACAAGUGGAUUUACCAUAUCCUGAAAUACGAUAUAAGUAUUGUACUGGAUUCAGGAUUCCUCCAAAUACUUUCUUGGUAAUUUUAAUUCGUCUAAGCAUGUUCAAAACCAUAAGGUCACAAAAUAAUCGAGAGGUGGUGGGAUUUCAUUCACAGCUUCUGUUGAUAUAUCAUAUACACUGAAGUAAAGAGGUCGGUAUCUGGUUUCAACCGAUCUAUUUAUCGUAACUGCUUUCUUGACGUGGUGAUCAGGCUUUCAAAUAGUUCUGAUUCAAUUGAACUUUAUUGACUGUAGGAACUACCAUGCUAGGCUGAUUGGUUUGAGAACGGUGGAUGGAUUUAUACUGAUAACUUUCAAAAUAGACUCAUCGAUGGGUCCAGAUUGACCACAUUACCAUCAGUCGUCUUCAGAGAAGCCUGAUAUAAGUCUGUCGCCUAUUAUGGAGAACUUUCAGGCUCUUGAUGCUUUAGUAUGAGCGCACCUUUGUCUGUGUUUCAACAAAAGCACUAACGACACAACGGCAAAACUUCGAAGUCCAUGUUAACGAUAAAAUAAUCAAGAUUAUAUUUUUUAUGAACGACUAACAUGGCAGUCAAUCAUCAGAGUGAUUUUCAUUUCGGUUUAGUCUGGUUUGAUACUCGAAUGGCUGUGAAAACAGAAUUAAAAUAAAUGUCUAUUGCAUUAGUCUACGCUCGAAAACUGAUCCCACAAGUCUACUCAUCAAACAUGGACCGUGGUAGCCAGCGAAACGAAAGGAAUUCGGAACUGACGGAAGUAAUAUGCAGCAUGAAUCACAAACUAACAAAUGUUCCCCAAUUUCGUACUGUAGAAACAUGAUCAGUCUAGAUGCUUGCCAGUGGUUGGUUUACCUUUUCGCACACAUGUAGUGUUCUAUGAUCCAUUGAGUGAUCGCUGUUUUGCUCGAGAGUAGUGCAAUUUCGGUCAUAUGUUACUUGAUGUAAAGCUAAUUAUAUGUGUUUAAUAGGAAUUUGGCGUCGUUUUCGUGUUAAUGUUGUUGAUAUACAGUGACAAAUAAUCAGACCAACUUGAAGGACGUCAAUCAACAAGUAAUCCUUCACUCCCACUUGUUUUAUCGCCUUUGGUUAUAUUUGCAUCUGAUCGGUUUUCUUUAUUUGAUUCUUGAUUGUAACUCCGAAAUUUCACUUCUACAAACAAAUUAACUUCAACUUCUAGUUUUUUUCCAUUAUAUUGUUCUUGGUAUUACCUCUUCAUGUGUAAUUUAAUGAAUAACGUGAAAGUUGAGUUUUUUUUGUAUCAAAUAUUUAUUCACGGUCUUAUGCUUAGCAGUUGACUCUUAGUUUUAAUUAAGCCGAUUGGUUUGUUUGAUAAUUUAUUUGUCCUGUUUAAAAUUUUCAUAAUUUUCACAGCAACUCAACUACUAUAUCACCAACGUUACAUGAAGAUGUUCAUAAUUCGGUUUUAUCGAUUAAAGGUAAGCGCCUAUGUGUGACGGAAAAUAUGGAAAAUUGUUCUCGUUUCCGACUUGUUGAAGAAAUUUGAUGCAUGGAACAACAAAUAAUACUGAUGAUCAAAUCAAACAAUAUUUUUGUUGAGAUUUAUUAUUUCCCGAGCAUUUUAUUUUUUCUACAAAAAUGCUUUGAGUAUUCUAUCUUGUAUUUUUUAUAAAGCUUUUCUGUUUUCUUAUUCACAAUAGUUCUAACUAGAAUUAUGCAUAAUCUUUUUAAAUGACAAAUAAAGCGAAUUAUCCAUAACUG